AUCGACGAUGCCAGCGUUCUGCUAGCCCGGUGCUCUACCUGUGCUGUCUCGACUCGUCUGUUUCAGCAGCAGACAGACUCCGCUCGUCCUCUGAAGAAAUGGCAACAACAGUAAAUCUCUACACCGGCGCACAAUUUCCCAUUGUGGGGCUGGGGACGUGGAAGUCUCCCCCUGGCAAGGUCACAGAGGCAGUAAAAGCUGCCAUCUCAGCGGGUUACAGGCACAUUGAUGGAGCGUAUGUCUACCAGAACGAGGGGGAGGUGGGAGAGGGGGUCCAGGCCAUGAUCAAGGACGGCGUGGUCAAGAGAGAGGAUCUUUUCAUUGUUAGCAAACUGUGGUGCACUUUCCAUGAGAAGUCCAUGGUGAGGCAAGGCUGUGAGAAGACUCUCAGCGAUCUCAAACUGGACUACCUAGAUCUCUAUCUAGUGCACUGGCCCAUGGGUUUCAAGGCUGGCAGUGAGCUUUUUCCUCUGGACAGCGCAGGAGAGACCAUCAAUGAUAACACUCACUUCCUGGAGACAUGGGAGGGGAUGGAAGAGCUGGUGGAUGCUGGUUUGGUCAAAGCUAUUGGAGUCUCCAACUUCAACAAGGAGCAGAUUGAAGCCAUACUCAACAAGCCAGGCCUCAAAUACAAGCCUGCCAACAACCAGGUGGAAUGCCAUCCAUACCUGACCCAGGAGAAGCUGAUCAGCUACUGCCACUCUCAGGGCAUCUCAGUGACGGCUUACAGCCCCCUGGGCUCCCCCGACAGACCCUGGGCUAAACCUGAAGACCCCUCACUGCUGGAGGACCCGAACAUUAAAGCCAUUGCUGAGAAGCACAAGAAGACAUCCGCUCAGGUCCUGAUCCGCUUCCACAUCCAGAGGAACGUGAUCGUGAUCCCCAAGUCGAUCACACCUCAGCGCAUUCAGGAGAAUUUCCAGGUGUUUGACUUCGAACUAAGUGAGGAGGAAAUGAAGACGAUAUUAGGCUUUAACAGGAACUGGAGAGUCUGUCCAAUGCAAUGGAGCACGAAGCACAAGGACUAUCCGUUCAACGCUGAAUUCUGAAGUGAAAAUGCUGAUUUUCCACAGGUUUACACUCUGUGCUGGAGUUUGCUUCUCUACCUUCUCGACUGCCCGCUUUCCUGUUCUUUAGAGCAGUUUGCAGUGCUAGUGUGGCCUUGCUUCAGAUUUUAUUUUCAUGUUUCAUGCAUUUUUUAACAAAAACUUCUUUUAUUACCAGUUUUUUCUCCAUAAAACCAAAUUACUGAAGAAGCUAAAAGGGUGUCAUACACACUUACACACAUUGUUUGUAGUAUAAUAUGUCAGAGGGAGGGAAAAAAUACCUACAGUCCUUCUCAUGGCCAAACUAAGAGAUAAAGUCUAUUUAAGUUAAAACUUUUUUUUUAUGGUAUGAUACUUCAACACACUCCUCAUUUAACUUAACAUGUUUUUCUCUUGUGCAGAAGCAUUAGUGAGUGAUUUGACUCCAAAAUUAAAAAAAAACUUUUAUCUCUGUGAAAUUCAUGUUACCUCUGCGUCUGAGGAUGACAGAGCGCUUCCCACUAUUACUUGUGAGUCACAUGUGGCACUUUGUAAUCCUUUUUAACCCAGUUUUGAAACCGUCGCUUUCACUUCUCAUGUGAGCUGUUUUGAGCGCUGAAAUAAAGUCCUGUGGGAGGAAAGUU